GGGUCUCUGGUGAGAAGAGCUGGGGAUGAGACCAGGCUACCUCUGGAUGGUAGGUUCCAAAUCCUGGGGACCAUUCAUAAAGUCACCACAGUGCCUUCAAGAGUGGCUUAUAGUGCAGAGCUCCAUUUUCAGUCAUACAGGAACACUUAUUCAACCAAUAUCACAUACUUACGAACUGGAAUUUUUGCCGGUAGAUUGAAGGAGCAUUUGUCCAAGGCAUGGGAUUCUAUACCAUAGAAGAGCUGAAAUACUCCCCAGAAGGCGUGCUUUACUCUCGGAGUCCAGAUGACUACAAAAUCCCCACAGUCACAGAAAUACCCGAAGAGUUCAAUGUCACUUUGGUGCGUUCCCAAAAUCCCAUCGCCAUCUACUCGUCCAAGGGGUUAGGUGAGGCUGGAAUGUUCCUGGGAUCCUCCGUGUUGUUCGCCAUAUAUGACGCCGUGGCUGCUGCCCGAAGAGAGAGGGGGCUGACCAAGACUUUCACCCUGAGUAGCCCAGCAACCCCUGAGUUGAUUAGAAUGACUUGUGUGGACCAGUUCACUGACAUGAUUCCCAGAGAUGAUCCAUCAACAUUUACACCUUGGUCCAUCCAUGUGUCUUAAUCCUCAGAAAACAUGUUUUCCUCAAAAAAUGCAAGAAUACAUGUUUGACCUUAAAAUUUUCAAACCCAAGCAAAAUGUAGGUUGGCCCCCAAUUAUCAAGGGUAAUUUUAGCAUCUUUUCAUUGUUCUCUGUGGCCACUGUAUGAUAUGUUUUAGGAUUCACAUUUUCACCAAAAUGUAUAAAGGAAGUUUAGAAUCAAAA